CGUCCUUUUCCUCCUCUCGCCCUCUUCCCAAAUCCUCUCACCUUCUUGAACCUUCCUUUACCGUCCUCCUCCUCCUCGUCCCUCCGAACCCUAAACAAAACCCUAAUCCAUGCCUCACGCCGCGCCUCCCGACCCUUCCUCAACGCCGAUCCAACCCCACCUCGGCCGUUCCUCGCCCAAUUCUCUCCCCCACCUCUCUUCCUCCUCCUCCUCCUCCUCCUCCUCUUCUAACGCUCCAAUGGCCCCCCAUGGCGCUCUAUUCCUGGUGCUCGGCUACCUCCCCCUGCGGGAGCUCUUGGCGUUCCAGAGGGUGUGUCGGCUCCUCCGGGACGCCAUCGCCGACGACGCGCUCUUGUGGCGCCACAUUACCGUCGAGCCCCCGCUGAGCGCGAAGCUCACCGACGAAGCGCUUUUGAGAAUCACCUCGAAGGCCGAGGGGAAGUUGAAGUCUCUGGCUCUGGUGGAUUGCUGGAACAUUACUGAUGCGGGGCUUUUGCGGGUUGUUGAACAGAAUCCGGCAAUUACUAAGCUCUAUGUACCGGGAUGUACAUUCUUAACUGCAGAUGGAAUGGUGAAGGUGGUGAAACAGUUAUUUGAGUGCAAGGGAAAUCUAAAUCAUCUUCAGCUCCGUGGUCUCUCCAACAUAAGAAAAGAUCAUCUUGACAUCUUUAACUCUUUCUUGGGCAAGAACAACCUGCAACAAGUUUCACAGCCAUCGUUCUACAACUCAAGGCAUCUUAUAUCAUUUGACUGCGACGAUGGGCGUCCUAUUGAUGUUGAUUUGUGCCCAAAAUGCAGGAAUGUUAGGCUAGUAUUUGACUGUACAAGAGAAAGUUGCAGGACAAUGAAGUACAAGCGGAUUGAGUGCAGAGGGUGCUUCUUCUGCAUAGCCAGAUGUGAAGCGUGCGGGGGUUGUAUUGACUUUGACGAACUUGACGAGGAGACCGCCUGCUCUCACAUUCUGUGUUUGGAGUGUUGGCUUCAGCUUCCAAAGUGCAAUACGUGCAACCGGCCGUACUGCGACGGACACGCAAGUUCCCUAGCGGAAUCAGCAUGGUCUUCUUCAGGUUUCAUUUGCCAUCAGUGUGCAGAGCUUGAUUAGUACUGUAAACUUGUGUUUAUUUCUGAGUUGUGAGCUUGAGUUGAUUACCAUGAACUCUUGAAACUGAAGCUAUAUUUUGCUCAGAUGAGACCAUUUUAUUACCGAAUACGUGGAAACCAUUUAUCGUCCAGCCGCUGCUCAAAUUGUACUGAAAAGCUGAGAGUUUGAAAUUGGGCAAAAGUGGUUUGUCAGUUGGUAAAUAUAUGUAAAUAAUGCUAGGAUCAGCUGGCCUCUACUGCUAGUUCAUUUUCUUGAAUAUAUUAGCAAAUAGUCUCGUAA